AUGAAAAACGCUAUAUAUUCUGGCUACUUUCCUCCUACGCAUGUUGUUCCUUGCCGGGACGUGGGGACCUGGGGCAUCUUCUUCGUCAACGGCUCACUCUACUUCCAAACCGUCUUGUCAGCUUCGCCACUCCAGGUCGUGGUGUGGUACAUCCCAAUUGGCGUCGCUGAACUAGUCGUCAGCGUCAUCGAAGAGCACAUCUUACAUCUCGUCCCUGGCCACAUUCUUAUGCUAAUCUCGGGCCUAGCCGCCGUUGGAUCGCAGCUCCUCCUCGCUCUCAUGCCACCGAGUAGAGGAAGCUACUAG